GGCCAUGACUUCCCUUCGAGUCUUCCUCUUCCUCCUUCGCGUCCUCCCUCGGACCGUGUCCUACUCCCCGUCCAGGAAACCGUUCAUUAUUCCCUCUCCGGAGACGCGUCAGACAACGAAUGGUUCAAUCUUACCUCUGCAGGAUUUGGAUACGCUCAUCUGGGACCCGAUAGUCGAUUGUUCAUGGUUGGGAUGUUCCAUGAGCUGCACUGCCUUCGCGUCCUCAACUUCGCGUUUGGCCAUUCUCACAUGGCUAUGAUGGACCAUUCUCACCAUUGUCUGAACUACUUGCGACAGAUGGCCCUUUGUUCCGCCGACGUUACCCUCGAGCCUGGUGAUUUUACGGAACGAAACUUUGAAGGAAGCAGAACAGGAGCGGUGCAUGUCUGCCGAGAUUGGAGUGCACUGUACGACGUUAUGGAGGAGAACUGGGCUCAGUGGGGGGAUGUGGUUGGUGACGACACUAAUGCGCGCGCAGCUGCUUCUCUGUAG